AUGAAAAAUUUAUUUAUUUUUGGGGUACUAAUUGGAGUAUUCUAUUUCAUUGAUAAACAAUUGAACAUCAAAUUUAUCGAAUCAGAAAUACUUAAACGAAACUGUCAAUAUAGCUAAUAAGGGGACAAUGAAAAUAUAGAAUAUUGUGUUUUCAUUUGGAAUUCUAAUGAAACAUUGGCAACAUUUUAUUUUUUAUAUUCAUUACCAGUCGACAUAACAUAAAACAUCAAGAUUUACUAUUAGCAAUUUCAAACUUCAAAAUAAUUAACUUUUUCGAAUGUAUUUUUAGAAGAUCAAAAAAACUCAACAUUCCCAUUUAUUGAUUCUGAAAGCAUUAAAUAAGAAAUCUAGAGUUCGCAUAAUUUAAAUAUGCUCGAUUUUACAUUGAAAUUAGGCAAUAUCAACAAUAAUGAAUAUUAUAUUAUGACUACUUAACUAUCUGCUGUUUGCACUUAUGCAAUCUUCACAAAAAGUUUAAAUUUAGAAAUUACAGCAUAUUUUAAAAAUAAUCUGAAGUAUUUAGAAGAUGGUUUUGUUGCAUUUCUUUGCCUUGUUAUUAUGUUUCUAGCGAAUUAGUUGAACAAACUAGAGAGUGCUACUAUGAUCCCUUUAGGAAACUAUAUCAAACAAAACAAACCCCAUAUGCUUUUAAUCAUAAUUUUAAUUGCUUAACCUUUAAGACCCUUAUGUUAUUUCCCUGAAUUUGAAGCAAUAGAAUGGCUAAUUGGGUAGACAUGCUAUGCAAUAGGAGAGUUUUUGUUUUUAAGGUAUUUCUUAUAGAUUCUAUCCUACUUAUAAGGAUAAAAUAAUAAAACUAACAAACUUAGGAAUACUCUUGUUUCUAUAUUUGUAAUCAUACCAAUCAGUAUUGAUAGAUGGUUGAUUUCAUUUGAAAAUCAAAGCUUUGUAAUUAAAGAUUUGGAGAAUCAAGUCGAUAAUAUUAAUAACCUUUUGAAAAUAUGCUGGAUAUGCUAUCUAUUGUAUGCUAGUAUUUUUGCUUAUGAGAUUAUGAUUAGUUUGCAAUCACAUUUGAUAAGGUUGGAUUUAUUCAUAAUAGAUAUUUUAUUUUUUAUGGUCUAUUCUUUUUAGAAAAGUUCUUUUUAUUUAUAUUAUGAAAACUAUGAUCAUCAUCUUUUUAAUCCUAUCAAUAUGCUUAUGAUGACCUCCUAUAUUGCUCUACUACUACAUACAAAUUUUAAUAAGGAAAUAGAAUAAACCUAGGAAUUAACUAAUGUUAGACAUCAGAUUGAUUAGGAAGAUGAAAAUGGGGAGAAUAUAGAAUCCACUAUAGCUGAAUAUUAUAUGGAAAAAUCUUCUGAUGAUCAAACAUUAAUUUGA